CUCUCUAAUGCGUGCCUCCAUUCGGAUUCCAUACGGCAUGAAAUGAUCUCUAGAAAAAACAGUUUGACAAAAUCAAGCAUAGUAGGUGUUCUAAUUUCAGCAACCUUAUUCAAUAUGGCAGGCAAAGGUGUUCCCAAGUGUGUGGAAAAGUUUGAAAAGCGUGGAAAAACCAAUGCAAGAUGCUUGUAUUGUGAGAAGGAAUACAAAACAACAAAACAGGCAACGACAACUCUUUGGCAACAUCUCGGUAAAAAACACAUGGUAGAAUUGGAGAGAAUCCAAGGUAAGAAGCUACGAGUUAACAAAACAAGGCAAAAUUUUAUUACUAAAAACCACUUUAUUUAGGACAAGUUGGGCCAACGAGAUCUGCGGUUAAGACCUAUCCUCCAAAUUGCGAUAGAAAAAAGAACCUAGACCAAUCUCUAUGCUUCAUGGUUGUCAAAGAUUUGCAACCUGUAUCCAUCGUCGAAGAUGAGGGAUUUAAGAAGGUUUGCCACACUCUCAAUCCUCUCAAUGCCCUACCCUCAAGACGAACUUUAUCCGACAUUUACAUUUCCAACAUGUUUGACAAAGUUCAUGCAAAUGUCAAGAUUCGGCUCCAACAAGCUAGUUGGGUGUCGAUCACUACAGAUUUGUGGUCUUCGAUCAAUCGCAAUGGAUUUAUCGCAGUGACAGUUCAUUACUGUGAUGAAGUGACACUUUCGCCACAAUCGAUGAUCCUUGAUUGCGUUAGAGUUCGAGGUCGCCAUACCGUGGAGACUAUUUCAAUGGAGCUUCGAACCGCCUUUGAGAGGAACAAUCUCGGGAACAAGAUUCUCGUCAGAGUCACCGACAACGGUGCCAAUGUGGUGAAGGCGAUCAAAGAUAUUGGCAUUACCCACGUUGCAUGCUAUGCUUACUCUUUGAACCUGGUUGCCAAUUAUGCAUUUAGGGAGGUAUCGUCCCUCUGCGCAAUCAAGGACGUUGCUUCGAAAUUAGUAGAGCAAACCAAGAAGAGUACCCAUGUGAUGGAGCUAUUUGAGGGGAUCCAAUAAGACCAAGGCC